AAUUUUAUAGAUGAAGAAAAUGUAGCAUUUGCCUCAUUUUACACAGGUAGCAGGUAGAAGAGCUGGAGCUUGACCCUAGACAAUCUUGUUCCAGAAACUAUGUUCUUAACCACUCUACUGUAUUGCUUUUUGUGUGCUAUAUGACCUCUGUGUAAUUAGUGUUCUGUUAAUUCAGAAUUUAUGACAUUUGGAAUAAGUGUUGGAGACAAUAGGAAAUGAAAGAGAUGUAUUAUGUACUUGAGGAAACAGUUUCCAGUACCUCCAACACUGUAGAAACACCUGUAGACAUGUGAAUAACACACAGAGCACAAAUGCAUUUUCUGUUGAGUGUACCUCUCAGUGAGCAGGUGAUGGGUGAGUUCUGUGACUACUUUUGCUGUAGUUGAAAACAUAUCAAAUACAUAACUUUCUUUCUUAGCAAGAGAAUAAAAUAGUUGGGAUACAUUGAUUAUUAUCAUUUUUGCAUAAUGACUUACCUAUUUGUUUUAAUUUCAAUGACUCAUAUUUUGCAGAAAUUUCGGAGUGCUUCAGUUGGGGCUGAGGAGUACAUGUAUGAUCAGACCUCAAGUGGCACAUUUCAGUACACCCUGGAAGCCACCAAAUCUCUCCGUCAGAAGCAGGGGGAGGGCCCCAUGACCUACCUCAACAAAGGACAGUUCUAUGCCAUAACACUCAGCGAGACCGGAGACAACAAAUGCUUCCGACACCCCAUCAGCAAAGUCAGGAGCGUGGUGAUGGUGGUCUUCAGUGAAGACAAGAACAGAGACGAACAGCUCAAAUACUGGAAAUACUGGCACUCUCGGCAGCACACAGCGAAGCAGAGGGUCCUUGACAUUGGUAAGUUGACCUUGACUUCCCUGCAUAGUCCUCAAUAGACUGACAUGUUGUCUUGAUGCCAAGGGGAGCCCGGCACGGUAAUCACAGCUGAGCCAUAGAGCUCUUGUGAUGUGCCAGGCACUAGUCUAUGCACCUGUCCUGUGUCAAGACAUUAAGUGCUGAUCAGACUGAGUAACCAAAACCAGGCUGAGAGCAAAGAGUUUUCUAUUCUGUGACAGUCAACUGUGUCUCAUAAAAUCAUAGUCAUAUAUUUAGAUUUGCAAUGACCAUUUCAGUUUCUAAAACGUGUUUUCAUGGCCUCCCCUUUUGAGCCUAAUAGGCAGUCAGCAGGUCAGGUGAACCCUUAUCCCUGUGACAUAAAUAAACUCAGGCUUAUAUGACCCUAGGGCAUUUGGCAAAGGUCACAUGUCUACACAGUGAGUUUCUAGUUCUCUGUCAUGUGUUCUUUCCGUUUCAACACAUGCCUAGUGUAAGCAAUGCUAGGUUAUCAGGCAAGUGAACCAUUUAAAGAAGGAGUGAAUCUACCAGGAAUCUGUAUACCCUUAAACAUGAAGUCCAUUCUGUAGAGAUCAGCAGCCCCCUGGAUGGCACAUCACUCAGGGUCUAGUCUGGAAGGCAACACCCAUGCCCAAUAAUUCACUGGGCACGAACUCAUUGCCAAGGUUGGAAAGGCUGAAGGCACAGUGAGGCAAUCCAGCUAUUACCUGCAGGGCUGGAGAAUCAAAGGGAGGAGGAGGAGGUGGGUGUUGGAGAAGCCACCCAGCAGGAGCCGGGACCACAGAGGGAGCCGCUUUCCAACGGGAGAUGAAAGCACAGCAGAAUUGCUGCCAGACACAUUCUCAAUGCCAAGAGGGAGGAGGAGAAAUGUCCUGGAUUCUCUCUGCUUCCCGAUCUCCUGCCAGUGCCUCCCAUUGUGCCUCCCAUUGACAGAAUUUGACUCAGAGUCAGAGGGCACAUUACCCUGGAAAGUACAGUUUGUAGAAUCAACCUCUGAGAUGCAGAGCAUAAUAGGGGAUGUCAGGGAAUGGAUCUUAAAGCUUCCAAAAAUCACUUAAAAGCAGACAGUAAUGUAUGUGUUUCCAUAUAAUUUUAACACUUUCCAUAAGAAGUCAUUUCUCAUUUAUAGACUUUAUUACCCCAUUUUGCUGACUAAGAUGCUGCAGUCCAGGUGAGUGUGGGCUAAGUGAAGGUUCCCAUCAUCUUGGGUGUGACAAGGUAUUACUGAGACUUGCAAAGGAUGAUUACUUUGAUUUCUUAUACACUGCAAUGAGGAUUUUUCAGGACUUCCAUUUUACCCUGGCUCGGACUCCUUGACCACAGUGGCAGAGUUUAGUGACUAGGUUAGGGUCAGAGACUCACCAUAGAAGAUAAUGAGACUAGUUACUGGUUUUCAUUGGAAAAUAGUUAAGCCACAUCUCACCCCUGCAUCACAUACAUACACCCUUUGUAUUAACUAGUCAAACAUAUUUAUCGAAUAAACAAGGAAACAGGCCUAGGAAGGCUCACUGACUCCCCCUCAGAUAAUUCGUGCAAGAGGUGGGAUAAGAUCUGUCUUGCCGACCCGAGUUGAUAAACUAAACCAAGACCUGGUGACUAGAACAGGGGUUGGGGAUACUUGCCUUAACCUGUUUAGUUAAAUCUGCAUAGAGCAGAGGAACAAUUUUAUUUUAUUUGAAAAGUUAGCCUUAUAAUUAUUACCCAAGAAAAUGAAAGGAGCAAUUAAAGAGAAAUAUGGACUAGGUCCAAAUAAGGCAAAUAAUAAAAGCAUUUUACUGGCAUACCUGUUGAUCCAACUUUGCUAUUGUUGCAGGGUUUACUUUUCUGAGACUGGCAUGAUUUCUCAGAUCUUGUGAGACUUCAGAUCUUCUCUUCUUUAUCGUCUCUUGCCUGCCUUCAGGCUUUUCUUUCUGUAUACACAUGUGUCCCCAUAGGCACACACAUGCUUUAUCUCUGAGAUUUGUGAUAUUUACUAAGUAGCUUCAUGGCUAACUUGGCUACUUGCCUUCCAACCUGAGAACAAGGCAUUAAAUCCACCACUUAGUUUCAAUGAAACAUACGUUUUCUGAGCACAGUCUCUACCCUAACCUCAACCUGACAUCUGCUCACACAGAGUGAGAAAAUAUGCAAAAAUCUCAUAUAAUUCAUUCUUCUACUAGAUUAAAAAAAAUCAACUCAUGUAUUUCUCUGCUAGUGGGUUGUAAAUACCAUUUCCCAUGUAAAGGAGCACUGAUGGUGUCUUGGCACGUAUGUCUGCCUGUCAUGCCAUCAUCUGCUUUAACUCUGGAGUAUGAUGCUGAGAAAGUUUCUGGGGUCGCCCCUUGUCUCCACCAGGAGUAUCAUGAAGGGUUAUGGGUGCCUGCAGAAGGUGAAGGAAGGCAGAGAGUACGUCAGCCAUACAUUUGCCAGUUUGGGUUAUGAACCUUCUAAUGGCCUA